AUGAAGCUCUCCUCCAUUCCCGGGCCUCUUGUCCUGGGUGCCUCUCUUUUCGUCUCGUCAACCAUCAGCUCAGCUGUCCCUCGACAGAGCAACAGCAGGCCAUGGUCGAUUGAGAAUUUCAACUCUCUCCUCACGUUCGGUGACAGCUAUACUGAUGAGUCUCGCCUGGGAUGGUUCAUCAACCACAAUGGCUCUGCCCCACCGGCUGGCACUUUGUUGCCAGAGACAUUCAGUGCACCCAGUGGUGGGCGGACCUGGCCUAGAUAUGUGGUACAGUACACCGGAUCGACCGUGCAGGGCAAAUGGACUCCUCAGAUGACGCUGUAUGACUAUGCUGUCUCAGGGGCUGUCUGCUCCAACAACAUCACGCCGAGAUGGUUCCCAGCGAUCGACGCGCCCUUCCCCUCCGUUCUCGAGUACGAAGUCCCGGCCUUCGUGGCUGAUAUCCCGACGACACGAGUCAAUUCCACACCGGCCGUUCAACUCUUUACGCCAAAUUUGACGGCCCAGGACGCCGUCUACGCUCUGUGGAUUGGGACUAACGAUCUCGGCGUGUACGCGUUCCUCACCGACUCGCAAAUCCCUGGCAAGGUGCUCUCCGAUUAUACGUCGUGCGUCUACAGCGUCUUCGACAAGCUCUACGCCAGCGGCGCCCGGCACUUUGUGCUCAUGAAUACCGCUCCACUGAACCUGGCGCCGCUGUACGCCAACGACUCGCUCCACGGUGUCGGCCCCAAUCAGUACUGGGCCAACAAGACGACCAAUCACACCGAGAUCGCGUACACCAUGCAGCAGUUCACCACCACGGUCAACAACGUCUUCAAGUAUCAGACCCCCUACGAGCUCCUAGUGGCCAACCGCUACCCGGGCGCCCAUUUCGCCCUUUUCGACACCCACUCGCUCAUAACCGACAUCUACAAUGCCCCCGCCAUGUACUUGAACGGCACAGGUGUGGUCAAGGGCGGCGAGUGCGUCUGGGGCUACGAGAAUCACUGUACCGUGGACCAGAAGACCUGUGUGAAGAGACAGAACGGCACGAAUCCCGAUGGGUAUCUGUGGUUUGACGAGUUGCAUCCCAGCGAACAAACCGACCGGAUCAUCGCGCGGAAUUUCGUCCAAGUUCUGAACGGCACGUCCAAGUAUGCCACAUACUAUUGA